AUGACAAUAACAGUGUUAAGAUUGACUAGUUGUUUUAUCGUCUGGGGUGUUGUUUGUCUCACAACUAUUCGAGGAGCGGACCCAGUCCUUACCCCACAGAUAUUGACUAAUGGUUCCAACUCAGCCGACAGUAACAGUACGAUUACCUGGGGCGCUAUGCCCGAGGGUGAGGAAUACAAGGCGAAUGAUAAAUAUGACGAUGGAGGGAUGGGACCUUUAUUUGACUUUGCCAGAAGUUUCAUCAACACGGCUAUACCCAAUGGAUUCCCGUCCGACUUGGUGAAAGAUUUUAUGAACGGUAAUUUCAAAAUAGGAAGCGACUACAUGAGAAUAGUGCAGGAUUUCGCUGGAUACGGGGCGUGUAUUGUAAUCGGGUUUCUAUUUAUGAUCAUCUUUACUCUGGUCGGCUGCUGUUUCUGCUGCUGCCGUUGCUGUGGAAACUGUGGCGGGAAAAAAAUACAGAAACGCUCGUCAAGUUCAUCAUGUCGUCGAAAAGUUUAUGGUGUGGUUUUGUUUGUACUUGUUGUUUUCACUGGUGUUGGAGCUAUAUGUGUGUUUGUAUCCAACGACAGGAUCUCCUCAUCCUUGGAAAGAUAUGGACCGACUGUUACCACCAAUCUGGACGAUAUGCUCUCCUUUGUAGAUAACACAGUUGCUCAAGUAAACCACCUACUGAAGAAAGAUCUCGAUUUUACAUUCGAUGUUGUGAAUAGAGAUUUAGACAAUGUUGAUGUUUUAGUUGGAAUUCCCGUCCGAAACAAUUUAGAUGCCAGUAUAAGUGCAACAGUCUUGUUCGAUCAAGUAGGAAAUCUAGAAACAGAUGUGUCCACUGCUAUCACCCAAUUCGAUGCAGUUGAUGCAGAUGUCACAAGAUUUAAGGCUGCACUAUCAACAUUUAAAUCAGAAGUUGACCAGUGGGUAAUUGACUAUAACAAUGAUAAGGCUGCCUGUAAUUCGCCUUGUAACUCUUUCCCUGAUGCUUCCACUUUGUCAACAGACAUUGAUCCCAAUCAGAUCGAUAUUAGUGGUUCUAAAACUGAGAUUGAUAAAAUACGAAAUAAAAAUAUGGAGACUUUAGUCAGCACGGCUCGUAAUGAUUUUAACAAUAUACCAGAACGCGUCAAGAACGAAUCAAAAACAUCCAUACAAGAUAUAAAGAACGCAAUUAACUCGUAUAAAAGUAAUAUAAAACCAAUAACUGAUUCCAUCAAUGAUCUUCAGAAUUCUUUGAGCGGCUCCAUUGAUCUUGAAGAUAUGAAAGCUCAAGUUACUUUAUACUCUAAAGAAGCUAAGAAUUACGAUCAGUUCAGAUGGUAUGGUGGUAUUGGACUGGCCUGUAUUAUAAUUUUGAUUGUCGUACUACAGUUCGUUGGUCUGGCUUUGGGUGUCUGUGGCAGUGGUUCUGAUACAGUACCUACAGAACGUGGCUGUUUAUCAAACUCCGGGGGAAAUAUGCUCAUGGCAGCUGUUGGUUUUAUCUUUAUAUUUUCCUGGUUGUUUAUGUUUUUAACAAUGUUAUGUUUUAUGCUUGGUGCACCAAUGGAGAGAUAUUUCUGUCAGUCUCUCGCUGAUCCUGAACUUAAAGCUAUUAAUCAGAUUUUAACUGAUGUAGUAAAAUUAAAACCAUCCACUGGAACUGGCUCAUGGUUAGGAGAACAAAUAUUUAAUGAUCCAAGUGUUAGUUUGACGUUUGAAGGCAUACUUAGUGAUUGUAAGGAAGGAAAAACUGCUUAUUCAGCUUUUAGUUUGGAGAAUCUAGACGGCUUCAAUUUAACUAAAGUAACAAAUUAUAAAGACUCAAUCGAUAUAGAAGAUCAGUUAAACUCUAUUAAUGUAGAUUGGACUACUGUUGAAGUGGCUCCUCAGUCUCUACAAGACAACCUGGAUGACUUUAAAGCCAGUAUAGAUAAUAUGGACUUCGCAACAUACAACACCGAGCUAAACAAAAAUGUGUCUGGUCAGAAUCUAACAGCCUUUUUAGUAGAUUUUAGAUCGAAACUGGAUGAUCUGAGUGGUGAUAAAACGAAUUUAGAAGCACGCUAUAAUGAACUAGUGGCUAUCAGAAAUGGAAGUUAUACUAAUACAUUGAAUGCCAAGGAUGAAUUAAAGAAUAGUAUGUCAACACUUGAAACAACAUUUAGUGGACUUCCGGCAAAGAUAGAUGAUUUAAAGACCAGACUGAUUAAUGUAGAAACUGCUCUACAGACCAAUGGUAAUGCAAUACUACAAGGAGAUAACCCUCUUCGUCAAUGUUUAAAUACCAGUAGAUCCUACCCAUUUCAAAGAGUACGACAACGAGCACCUACAUAUAGAGGCGGAUUGGAUCCAUUAGUAAAGGUUCUUGGAUCGUAUUCACAGAGAAUAUUUUCUAUCGUUGAUUCACUGAUUUCCAGAGCUGUUGAUGGGUUGAAGAAUGAUAUAGCUAAAUGUACACCAAUCUAUAAUCUCUACCAGUCUGUCAUUGUUAUAGGAAUGUGUAAAUACGUUCUAGAUGCAUUUAACGGUUUCUGGUUCUCUGUUGGUUGGUGUAUAUUUUUCUUUGUUCCCAGUACCAUCUUUGCUGUGAAGCUAGCCAAACAUUAUCGUAAAAUGAGAUUUCUGGAUGACUACGAUUCAACUCUACCAUCGAAGAACAAUGAUGUUAUUAGAAAUGGAAGAAAUAAAGUAGGUCAUUCUGAUAAGUUUUAA